UCAAAGUUCAAACGUACAGUAAAAAUAGGAUAUUCGCUGGUGGCUGCUUCUCUGCUAACACGGGGGGAAAAAAACAAGUUGGCGAGCACGGAACGGCCCGAAAACCGCCCGGAGACCCCGAAAAUGUCUCCCAGCUAAUCGGUUCCCCGUCUCGGUCUGUUGUCGGCAGGUUUAAAAGCGACGGGCUAGCUGGGUGCUAACGUUAGCACGCUAGCUCGGCCAAGAGCUCAUAGCAACUGCUGCUGCUGGUGCUGGUGGUAGCUAACGGCGCCGGACUGCUACUCUUUCGCCCUCAAGACUGCAGCUAUGUUCGUGCAGGAGGAGAAGAUAUUCGCCGGGAAAGUGUUGAAAAUUCAUGUCUGCACCAUGGACGGCGCGGAGUGGCUGGAGGAGGUCACGGAGGACACCACGGUGGAGAAACUGAAGGAGAGGUGCUUGAAACAUUCUGUACAUGGAAGUCUAGAAGACCCCAAAACUCUCACCCACCAUAAACUCAUACAUGCUGCUACAGAACGAGUCCUCGCCGACACCAAGACUGUCGCCGAUGAGAAUCUUAAAGAUAAAGACGUUUUGCUGCUCAUAAAGAAAAGACCGCCGCCGACGCCCCCCAAGAUGGCCGACGUUAGUUCAGACGAAAAGAAGAAACAAGAUAACAAAGCUCCAGACAAAGACGCCAUCCUGAAAGCCACCGCCGGCCUGUCCACGCGCCACACGGACCGAACUGUUACACAGCACAAUAUCAGAGAUUUUCAAACGGAGCUCAGAAAAAUCCUGGUAUCUCUGAUUGAAGUCGCCCAGAAGCUUCUCGCCUUGAACCCUGACGCUGUUGAACUCUUCAAAAAGGCCAACGCGAUGCUGGAUGAAGAUGAAGAGGAUCGCGUGGAUGAAACAGCUCUGCAGCAGCUCACUGAGAUGGGUUUCCCUGAAAGCAGAGCAAUCAAAGCCCUUAGACUGAACCACAUGUCAGUAACCCAGGCUAUGGAGUGGCUGAUAGAGCAUGUAGACGACCCCUCUGUGGACACUCCGCUACCGUGUCAGGAGUCUUCUUCUUCUUCUGCUGCCGCUGCUGCCGCCACCGCCGGAGCCACGGCGGCCGCCACCCCAGGACCCUCAGCAUCCGCCUCCGCCUCCGCCGCCGCCUCUGGCCCCGCCUCCGCCUCCGGCCCAAACCGCCUCCGCAGCCUCUCGGGCCAGAGCUCAGAGGAAAGCAGCAGACAGGACGAGCUCACAGAGAUCUUCAAGAGGAUCCGCAGGAAAAGGGAGUUCAGGCCAGAUUCAAGGGCUGUCAUUGCGUUGAUGGAGAUGGGCUUCGAUGAAAAGGAAGUGAUUGAUGCUCUGAGAGUCAACAACAACCAACAGGACGCUGCGUGUGAGUGGCUGCUGGGAGACAGGAAACCUUCCCCGGAAGAUCUCGACAAAGGCAUCGACACCAACAGCCCUCUGUUCCAAGCCAUCCUGGAAAACCCGGUGGUCCAGCUGGGUCUAACCAACCCCAAGACUCUGCUAGCGUUUGAAGACAUGCUGGAGAAUCCGCUCAACAGCACCCAGUGGAUGAACGACCCUGAGACCGGCCCCGUCAUGCUCCAAAUAUCCAGAAUCUUCCAGACCCUCAAUCGCACAUAGAGCCUCCUGGUGACCCCCCCCCCCCCCAAUUCAUCCUGUCCCAUCCCAUCCCUGUGUGACUGUGGCAGCUUGUGUGAGUGUGUUGGUGUGUGUGUGUGUGUGUGUGUGUGAUCAUACUGGUAUCAGAGCGGCGGCAGAGACACAUGUAUUGUUUAUUUGCCUUGUGGAGACGAAGCCGGAGGAGUCAGAGUGUGAAUCAAGACGUUACACGUAUGACUAUUUAUAACAGAAACAGUAAAAAAACAAAACAAAUUACAUACACAUUAUUAUUAUGACGGUAAUAAUAUAAAAUUGAAAUUUAGUAUAUGGUUUUUACAUUUUAAACGAGAACAGUUUAUAGGUAUGACAGACACAGUUUAUUUUAUAUAAUUUCUCCAUGUGCAAAAACGACAUCAGAUCAGUUUAAUGUUUACACUUUGUGUGUGUUUUGCAAUAUUUAAAAUCGACCGUUUUCGUGUCUGUUCGUCCGUCUCUUUAAAUUGUUAUAUGAUUUACUGAGUGGUGAACGUGUUCGUGUCAUGUUUUUCCUUCUUUCUUUAUUAUUUUUUUUUUUUCCAUCAAAGAUAUAUAUAUAUAUAUAUACGCGGCUUCUAAUCGAGAGGUCGGUCGGUCUCUCACUUAAAAGACGACGGUAUUUAUUUGCCUUUUCGGAGGGAAAAGCCUCACACUAACUCAGUCACGCAUUUCCACGAAGACGUUUCUAAUUCGGCCCGUGUGUUUAUUGUCAACGUGCUCUUUGAAUGUUAUGUCGGUUUUUAGCACUUCUCUGAAUAAACGUCUCGCUGCAGCGAGACGGAUGUUAAAUGAAGCUGAGCCUAAUCAAAGGGGCUUUUUUUGUUUUUUUUUGUUUUUUAAAUCUUUUAAUUUGACCGGUCAGGAUGCGCACGCUCACUUCAAAGCUGCAGAGCUGCAAACAUCGUCAUGCACAUGGUGGAAAUGUCCCGAAAAAGCAGAGACUGCAGCCAGUGUGGAUUUCUAUUUUUUUUUUUGUUUUUGUUUGUUUUCAUCUUUUGAGAGCAAUGAACACUUAUGCUGUCAAACCAAACCAAAACGUCACUGUAUAACCUGCCUUGUCAUUAGAUGUAUCCAGUGGAAAAAAAAAAAAAGAAAACCCUGUAUUUCUGUGCAAUAGCAAGGACUUCUGUUGAUCUGUAAAGACAUAUAUUUGAUUUGAGUGUUCCUCAGUGGGUAGCGUGUUAUAUGAUAUUAGCCUUCGAGUACUUAAACUCUCCAGCUACGAGAAGGUGGAGGGCUGAAAAAACAGUAUGGAGGGUGGUGUGUUUUUUUUUUUUUUUUGCCAAGCUUUUUUGAGUGUUUUUAUUCGAUAUUUAAAAUGUGGUAUUGACGUGACUUUCUGCUCAGGGAGGCUGAGAUUGUUUUUCUAAACCUGUCGUAACAGCGAAACCUCUGCUCAACCCCUUACUAGUUUGGCACCUGGAAGAAAAAAAACAAAAACAAAUGGCUUUAACUAAUCCGCCGAGAAAGGAACAUGGUUUCGUAAAUGCAAUAUUUGAAAAAAUAUGUAAGUGUUUUUAGAGAGAAGUGUCUUGUUUGAACUAUGUAUUACUACAUUAUUUAUAUAUCGAAGCCAAACUAGUAACCUGUUCUUAUUUAUAACAUUUUUAGCUAAACCUUGAAGCUAAUCUACAAAUGUGAAGAAGAAGAAAGAAAGAGUGAAAGAAAGAGAGGAUAAAAAUAGAAAAGCUUCAAAUGUUGUUUUUACAAACCGAGAGGACGUUGUGCCGUAUGGGCUGGUAGGUCGCAGUGAGAGUUUAAAACUGGUGCAACAUCUCCUGGAAGCGUCUUUGCUAAACAUCACUGCUGCGGCGGGGCGUCACCGUGGCAACCGUGACCACCACCACCACCACCACCUCCUCCACCACCACCACCUCCUCCUCCUCCGUACUUAACAUUGGCAUGCGUUACAGGAACAGGAACAGAAACCACCGCUCCCUCCCGUUAUAUUGUGAAGAACGUUGCGUUUUGUGGGAGAUCGUACGAUCGAGGGGAAAAAAGCUCCAUGAAAAAAAAAAACACAUCUUUCAGCAGGAACACAAAAAACGAACAACGUUAUUGCUUAGGGACACUGAAGAGACUUGUUGGAGUCACACACAUUGUUGUUUUUAACUCCACUUUGAUGCAGGACUCUCCCCCAGAUCAACAACCUAUGCAAUAUACUCACAGUCUGUCUGUCGCAGCAGCCUCACGGCUCCCGGCAUCUAAAUCACUAUUGCAUUAAAGUUAUUUUUUGUGGCUGUA